AUGCCCUCGUACUACCUUUACAAUUUUGUACUGAUCCUCGAGAGUGUGCGGAAGCUACAUGGCCACCUGUUGACGCCCAAGGAGGAGCAUCUGCUGCGCACGUUCGAAGGCAUGGGCGAGGGAGCCAAGCGCCUGUACAUUCGCCUGUUCCAGCGCAAAGGGCCGUGGUUCCGUACAGCCACCCUCUCCUACCCCGAAAUCGACGUGCUUGACGCGACUCUCGAACUCCAACGGCUGGGCUUCUGUGAGACACUGGAAGGCGUACACGACCGCGACAUCACCCCUGAUCUGCUGAAUACCUUGAGCAAGUACCAACUGCAGGCUGUGCUUCGGGCGGCACAGGGCACCUUCCUCGCUUCUCUCGGCGCUGGCAUGCGCGUGGCGGACAUCAUCAACGCCAUCACCGGCACGGCGUACACACAGCAGACACUCGACGGACGGAGUGUGCUGUCCAAGGUGGUGGAGCGAGAACUCCGUUCUGCUGCUCCUCGCGCUGAGGCUGCCCUGCCAACUGUCGCGCCGAGCGGUGAUAGGCCUCGGUUCUGUGCCAUUCGGCUAUCGCGGCCCUCGCGCGACUUGUUCAAGCGCAUGCAGCGACUGUUCUUCUUGAACGACACACAGGACAUGACGCUACUCCUGCUCGUGGGCAUGGACAAAGUCAAGUACCCCGCCUACGCCUGCCCUCACAUCGACAUCCACGCGUGGAAGUCCCCCACCUGA